AAACUCUUCCAUAUUCUAUCAUCUCUGUAAUUGCCACUUAAGUGGUUGCAUAAAAAUCCACGCGGUUGAUGUAAUAUAAUUCACCACAAAGCUGUUCGCUCAUUCUCCAUUUGUUAUUAACCGAACUUCACAAUGAACAUCCCUGUAUUGUAAAAUGACAAGAAAAUAUUUCUAAGAGCGCAAUUACAGGGUCAAAGUGUAAGGUAGACUUAUUUUCAUUUAAUUUUCAAUUUUUUUCUCCAGCGAUAAUCAAAUACAGUACAGUGUAAAAGCCUUUUCAUAUAUUGCUCUCCAAGGUUUAUCUUGCUAAUAAUCCUUUAAGGCAUUAUCAUCAUCCUACUAUCCUUGCGCUACAGCUGGAAAAAGAGCCCGAGCGCGCAGGUAACCUGAUCUUGAUCACCAGGAGAGCCCUGGAUGGAGGCGGCGACUACGAUACCAGGAGCAAAACACUCCAGGGGAUUUGCUGGAGCUCUCGGUAUGGGAAAAGGGUCUCUUCUCUCACCCCAGCCAUGCUAAAUUCCAGGAGGGGAGAGGACCCAGUGCUGAUCUGGCUCGCCCCAGCCUUUCAGAGCACCCUGCACGCAGUGGGCGUCUAAUAAAUGCAGUCUGCGUUGCUCCGACAAAAGCUUUCCCUUAGGUGGGCUGGGCCCUGGGCCCCUCCGGGUGCUACAGAGCUCCGCGCCGCCACUUUGUCCCUUUGCCCGCCCCCUCAAGUUCUGCGUGGGACCCUUGGCUGCAGCGCACACCCUCCACGACCGCCCGCGCUAGGAGCAGGCCCGGCUUCGAGCCCCGGCGCCCCGACACCCGGCGCUCGCCCGCCCCGGCCCCGCCCCGGCCGGCCGGCCCCGCCCCCCAUCUCCUCCCCGCCCCCCAGCGCGGACGAGUGGCUGCGGCGCCCCGAGGACCCGGCUCCCUCAGACAAGAGGGCGGGUGGAGGAGGAAGCGGCCGAGCCCCGAGCCCCGUUCCGGCGCCGCCGAGCACUGCCUGCCUCAGCCGACCAGCCGCGGCGGCUCCUGGGCCUCGCGGAGCCGAGAGGAGGGACAGGCGGGGGCGGCUGCGUGGAGGCGGCGCGGGCGCGGGCGGAGGCGGCGCGGCCGGCCGCGGCUGCCGCUUUGUUGUGCGGCCCGGGCCGAGGAAGGAGAAGUGGGAGGAGGGGGGAGCUCGGCGUCCCGCUCCCUCCGCGACUCAUGGCGACGACGCUCGGCACAUCCGGGACCCUCCGGCCGCGGCGGCCGCGGCGCCGGCUGCUCGGGCCCCAGCCCCGGCCGCUGUGGUGACUCCCCCGCGCCUCGCCGUCGCCCCCGCCCCGCCCGCAGCCCCCCGGCCCCGGGCCCCGCGCCGCGGCCGCAGCCCCGCCGCCGCCCCCGCCGCCGGGGACAUGUCUAACCCCGGGAGCCGGAGGAACGGGCCCGUCAAGCUGCGCCUGACAGUACUCUGUGCAAAAAACUUGGUGAAAAAGGAUUUUUUCCGACUUCCUGAUCCAUUUGCAAAGGUGGUCGUUGAUGGAUCUGGGCAAUGCCAUUCUACAGAUACUGUGAAGAAUACACUUGAUCCAAAGUGGAAUCAGCAUUAUGACUUGUAUAUUGGAAAGUCUGAUUCAGUUACGAUCAGUGUAUGGAAUCACAAGAAGAUCCAUAAAAAACAAGGUGCUGGAUUUCUUGGUUGUGUUCGUCUUCUUUCCAAUGCCAUCAACCGCCUCAAAGACACUGGCUAUCAGAGGUUGGAUUUAUGCAAACUUGGGCCAAAUGACAAUGAUACAGUUAGAGGACAGAUAGUAGUAAGUCUUCAGUCCAGAGACCGAAUAGGCACAGGAGGACAAGUUGUGGACUGUAGUCGUUUGUUUGAUAAUGAUUUACCAGAUGGUUGGGAAGAAAGGCGAACAGCCUCUGGAAGAAUCCAAUAUCUAAACCACAUAACAAGAACUACUCAAUGGGAACGCCCAACACGACCGGCAUCUGAGUAUUCUAGUCCUGGCAGACCUCUUAGCUGCUUUGUUGAUGAGAACACUCCAAUUAGUGGAACAAAUGGUGCAACAUGUGGACAGUCUUCAGAUCCCAGACUGGCAGAGAGGAGAGUCAGGUCACAACGACAUAGAAAUUACAUGAGCAGGACACAUUUACAUACUCCUCCAGACCUACCAGAAGGCUAUGAACAGAGGACAACACAACAAGGUCAGGUAUAUUUCUUACAUACUCAGACUGGUGUGAGCACAUGGCAUGAUCCAAGAGUGCCUAGGGAUCUUAGCAACAUCAAUUGUGAAGAGCUUGGUCCAUUGCCUCCUGGAUGGGAGAUCCGUAAUACAGCAACAGGCAGAGUUUAUUUCGUUGACCAUAACAACAGAACAACACAGUUUACAGAUCCUCGGCUCUCUGCUAACUUGCAUUUAGUUUUAAAGCAGAACCAGCUGAAAGACCAACAGCAGCAGCAGGCAGUGUCCCUGUGCCCUGAUGACACAGAGUGUCUGACAGCCCCACGGUACAAGCGAGACUUGGUUCAGAAACUAAAAAUUUUGCGUCAAGAACUUUCCCAACAGCAGCCUCAGGCUGGCCAUUGCCGCAUUGAGGUAUCAAGGGAAGAGAUUUUUGAGGAAUCUUAUCGACAGGUCAUGAAAAUGAGACCGAAAGAUCUCUGGAAGCGAUUAAUGAUAAAAUUUCGUGGAGAAGAAGGCCUUGACUAUGGUGGGGUUGCCAGGGAGUGGUUAUAUCUCUUGUCACAUGAAAUGUUGAAUCCAUACUAUGGCCUCUUCCAAUAUUCAAGAGAUGAUAUCUAUACAUUGCAGAUCAAUCCUGAUUCUGCAGUUAAUCCGGAGCAUUUAUCGUAUUUCCACUUUGUUGGACGAAUAAUGGGAAUGGCUGUGUUUCAUGGACAUUAUAUUGAUGGUGGUUUCACAUUGCCUUUUUAUAAACAGUUACUUGGGAAGUCCAUUACUUUGGAUGACAUGGAGUUAGUUGAUCCAGAUCUUCACAACAGUUUAGUGUGGAUACUUGAGAAUGAUAUUACAGGCGUUUUGGACCAUACCUUCUGUGUUGAACAUAAUGCAUAUGGUGAAAUUAUUCAGCAUGAACUUAAACCAAAUGGCAAGAGUAUCCCUGUUACUGAAGAAAAUAAAAAAGAAUAUGUCAGGCUCUACGUGAACUGGAGAUUUUUACGAGGCAUUGAGGCACAAUUCUUGGCUCUGCAGAAAGGAUUUAAUGAAGUAAUUCCACAACAUCUGCUGAAGACAUUUGAUGAGAAGGAGUUAGAGCUCAUCAUUUGUGGACUUGGAAAGAUAGAUGUUAAUGACUGGAAAGUAAACACCCGGUUAAAACACUGUACACCAGACAGCAAUGUUGUCAAGUGGUUCUGGAAAGCUGUGGAGUUUUUUGAUGAAGAGCGACGAGCACGGUUGCUUCAGUUUGUGACAGGAUCAUCUAGGGUGCCUCUGCAGGGCUUCAAAGCUUUACAAGGUGCUGCAGGCCCACGACUCUUCACCAUCCACCAGAUUGACGCCUGCACUAACAACCUGCCCAAAGCCCACACUUGCUUCAAUCGAAUAGACAUUCCGCCCUAUGAAAGUUAUGAAAAGUUAUAUGAAAAGCUGCUAACAGCCAUAGAAGAAACAUGUGGAUUUGCUGUGGAGUGAGGAACAGAAGAUUUACUUACCCAGGACUCUAUUUAUGCCCCUGACGGACAGCCUCCUUUCAGCAGAGUUUCAAGGAAGCUGAAAUACAGGAAAAUGCCCUCCCCGACUCCUCCCUCCCCACCCUCUGCCCUUUAAAAAAAAUUUUAGGACACUGUGAGGGGUAAGGACAAUUUCGAAAUUCCUUUUCAAGGAAAAAAAGAGGUCUUUAUGCUUUGCCAUGAGGCCACAUUCAGCUGCUAUUUAAAAUUAAUAUCUUGAACCUAAAGAAUGCUGACUUUUCCUACAUUUCCAGAGUUAGGCAGUAUUCUACAUUUAAAGACUACUACUAUUUUUAUAAAAGGUAAUCUAUUCAAAUUGCUUCACAGAUUUCAAGUCUCUCAAACAUCAAGACAACUUCAGCAGUCGGUACAAGUCACAUUUCAUUUUGAUUGAAUACGUGAUUUUAAACAGCUCCUGUACUUGCUCUUUGUAAAAAAAAUAAAAUAAAAUUAUUUUGAAUUAUUAUACCUUUGUAAACAAUUGGCUAAAGUAAUCAUUAUCUUUAAAAAAUAAAGCCAUUUACAUGUUUAAUUACAUUUUUCUAUAGCAAAGCAUUAUAUUUUAAAAGCAUUAUAUGUUUCAACCUAGCGUAAGUGAAGCUUUUUUAUAUUUUUCAAGCAUGAGUUUCCUGGAAUACAGCUAUAUAAUUUUGAUUGUCAAGUUCCUAAUCCAAACAUUUAGUCUCAGCUUAUCUUAUUUGCUACAAUAAGAUGCAUUCAGGGGCUCCCUGUUUUUAAGAGACUUUAAAAAAAAUCCUAACUUUUUAUCUUCAAUCAAUAUAAUCAGGUAUUUUGGAUUUACUUUUCAUCUUAAGUGGAAAUACUGCAUUUUUAUAGCUCCUCAGUUCAUGUGGAUGGGAUUGGAUUUUCAUUCUUUUGCUGGGUCAGUUUAUAUUUAAUGUAUAUUUACUACUCCUGUAAACCAAAGUCUCCUAUGACACCUGUACCUAAUUUAUAUUUUAAUUACAGUGUUUCUGUCAAGUAAACUGUCCUGAGUCUAUCUUUAGCUACUCAUGAUAUUUAUUUAUCAGCUAAAAUUAUGAAAAAGGAGAACUUUUGCUCUAAAGAUUAUUUACAAGUUUAGGAAACCCUGCUUUUAUGUAACAGAAUGAAGGUGGGGGUGGCAGGGCAGGGGAUGUGAUUACUAAAGAAACAGUGAUUCUAACUGUGGUAAAAGUUACUUUAAAAGGAGUUAAUUUUGCAAGUAAGAGAAUCCCAGUCCUUUUGGUGUUGAAGAUCAGCCUCUGAUUUUGAAAUACACAGAUUUAGCCUAACUUCAAGGUGUACAGCAUGUUGCGUGAUCCAGAAGGCAACCAAAAUUCUGGAGUGAGGGAUUGGAAAAAAUCUGAAGUCAUUGAUGGAUUUUUAAAUUCAACCAUCAGAAAUCUGCACUAUACUUUUUUUUUUAACAUUUCUGUGAAAUCAAGGAUAGCAAAUUCUGAUGAGAUAGCUUUGCUGAAAAUUUGCAGCUUAUUUAUCAAGUAAAUAGGCUCUUUGUGUUCUUUCAUUUGAUGGAUUGUUUUUUUCGGUCUGUGUUCUUAGAGUUAAGGGGCUCCUCAGAGGUGCCUCAGAAGUAAUGGUUUAAGAAAGGAGGGACAAAGAGGGAGAGAAAGGGCCUGGUUGGGAUAUGCAGUAGGAGCCUCUAACUCCCCACCCCUACCCCUUUACCCAGAGCAGUUCUAGUUUUUCUUUUUUAUAUUGGAAUUUUAAGUAAGCUUUCAUGGCGGGUAGGGGAAUAGGGGGAUAAAAGAAGUGGAAAUUUUGCUGAUGGAAAAAAAUUGAGAACUACUUGUGUAGUUUCCAAAUAUUUCAUUUAUUUCAUUCAGCCAAAUUUGACUGCCAAAUGCAAGCUAGUCAUAGUUGUAACUGUGUGGUGGUAGUGUGCUUAUGCUGACCUUUCCUCUUCCCAGACACUCUUGUUUUCCUACCACAUUCUUAGUAGUACCUAAGAACAUCUUGAAAUGUACAUACAGAAAGUUUCUAUACUAUUUGAUUAUCAGUAGUUUUCAGCUUUCACAAUAGUACCUUUCUGGUUGCAGGUCCAUCUCUUUUAUAUUGAAGCACUAGUGCAGAUGAUUGUGCCUACUCUUACAAUCUUUCUGUAAAAAGUACACAAUGAACACUUCAGAGAAAUGGUAACUGAUGGAUGCAGUAAUAAUGAAGUGCUACUAUUGUACAAUAUAUAAAGCAGGCAACACCAUCACUUUUUGAGUGCCUUUUAAACUUUCUAAUAAUGACCUAAUAGAGCUUUAAAGGAAAUAAAUUACUCUUCCUAAGAGUCUAUUGUAUCACCAACAAUUUAUAAAAACAUGAUAAUUUAGAUUUCAUUUUUAAGAUUGUUAACCUGAUUACUUCCGAAAUAGGUGCUAAAAAGCAGACAAAAUCUCCCAAUGUGUCAUUGAACCUUGGACUUCCACCUCAUGUUUAAUGUGAAUAUUUAUUUCCACAUGUCCCUCUUAACUGGGCUUUUUCUCAUCCUUCCUAGUUGUUAUUUCAGAUACGUGAUGUCACGUUUCCAUACAUUGCCUUUCCAUCAUGAAUGCUCUAUGAACAGUGGCUAUUUUGUAGAGCUCAUAUGCAGUACAGAGGUGAGUUUUAUUUCAGAGGGUCUUAUUUCUUGAUAUAAAGUUUUUAAAAAGUGCUGUGUCUAGUGUACAUUUUGUUUUGCACAUAGUUUGUUGCCCUGAAUGGGUUUCAUUUUUACAGAGUCUUUUUUUUCCCCUUUGUAUUUACAGUCUAGAGCACAAGUUUCCUUUCUCUUAAAUACAAUGUAAUCUUUGCUUUAUUGUACAACACUAAGUGUGUCUGAACUUCCAGUGCAUUGAACUGAUUGCACUAAUGGAAGUUAGAUUGUUCCAGUCAUCUUUACAGUUUGAUAGAGCAUCUCCUGCUUCUGUUUUUAAGCUGCAGCACAGAGUUAACAGAUGCCAUUUGUGGUAUGUAACGUUUGUAUGUUAGCAGGAUGAUUGUACCAAAUGCCGAGUUGUUUUGUUUCUAGAUGUAAUUAGUUCACGUAAUGUAAUACUCUUCCUUCUCUCUGAGUUUAAAAACAAAGUUUAUCAUUUUCAUUGUAUUUGUAUUUAUUACAGAGUGUUUUAGCUUUGAUAUUCUUUGUAUUUUCAUUCAGUUGUUACAUGAGCUUUAUCAAUAACAUCUGUAUAAACGGUUUUAAAAAUUAACUAUGUAUGUGCCCAUGCCGAAGUUGAGCAAUAAAAUGAAUGCUGUUUGCACUGCCACAGCAUCAGAAUUUUUAAA